AUGGCGACGCCCGUAGACCUCGAGCUAAAGAAGGCGUUCUCAGAGCUGCAGGUGAAGGUCCUCGACACGCAGCAGAAGGCCAAGAUGGCCGACCUCCAGAUCGAGCAGCUCAGUAAGGUCCAGAAGCACGCUCAGCUGACGCACCACGAGAUCAGCGUUCUGCCGGACAACACCCGGCUGUACGAGGGGGUGGGGCGCAUGUUCAUCCUUCAGUCCAAAGAGGAAAUCAACAACCAGCUGACGGACAAACAGAAGACCGCUGAUGAGAAGAUCAAAGAGCUGGAGCAAAAGAAGCAGUACCUGGAGCGCAGCGUGAAGGAGGCAGAGGACAACAUCAGAGAGAUGCUGCUGUCGCGACGGGCCACAUGA